UUCGAGGAAGGACUGGUUAACCUGUCAUUUCCACAGUGGAGACUGGAUUGAGUGCAGAUUACCACCUGCCCUGUUGGAACCUUCCUCUUCCGCCUGGUUACGGUUCUUUCUUCACUUCGCGCAAAUCGGAUCUGUUUCCAAAAUGGGUGACAACUUUAUUAUAGCCAUAAGGAUUGACACAACACACUCUGGAUAUGUCUAUUCUAUAACUACGAGAGGAGAAGAAAUUGACCUGUGUUUAAAGAGAUGGGGUAAAGAAGUUGGACUGGAAAGUCCAACAACUCCUACCUGCAUCCUGUUUGAUGAACAUGAACAAUUCAUCAGCUUUGGUUAUGAAGCUAAAGAAAGUUAUUUGUCAAUAAGGGAUCAACAAGCAAGAGACAUGUUCUUUUUUGACUGCUUCAAGUUCCUCUAUAGUAAAAAUUUAACCAAGAAUCUGCAUAUUAAAGCUGUCAAUGGAAAGGAAAUGAGAGCCCUGAAGGUUUUUACAGAAACUUUAAGAUUCCUGAAAGAUGAUGCUCUGAAAACCAUAAACCAAAACGCUGCAGGAAUGAUGUUCAUAGCCUCUGACUUCACUUGGGUGCUCACUAUUCCUGACUCCUGUGAUCCUUCAGUUAAACCCUUUAUGAGAAAAGCUGCAACUCAGGCAGGUAUUGUAACAGAUGAAAACGGAGAUAACCUAGUCUUAGCUCUUGAAUCAGAAGCAGCUUUAUCAUAUUGCAUGAAGCUUCCAGCUGAAGGUUUCAUCAGUGAAACCAGGGAAGGACUCCAGGAUCUCCGAUCUACAGGAAACCAACACAUUGUUGUUGUUGCUGAAGAUGAAUUCAUUGCCUUUGCUGUUCAUGAAGUCCUGGAAGGAAAAGAACUGAAGGAGCUGCAUAGAUCCUCUGUGAAUGAUGUGGGAGGACAAAGUGUCGACAGAAAAUUUAAAGAAUUUCUCAGGGAAAUAUUCACAUAUAAAAUCUGGGAUGAAUAUGAAAAACUCUUUCCCAGUGAGGUUAAGAAGAUAUUGUAUGACUUUUCCAUGUUGAAAGGAGUGGAUGAUGAUAUUAUGGUCACCUGUCCAUUUAAUCUGGCAAAGCUAGCUCAGAAACACCAAGACAUAGAAAAGCUCUUUGAAGGAGUACAAGGAGCAUCCUGGAAUUAUGGAUCAGUCAAAAUAUCUAAACAUAAACUGAGGUCUUUUUAUGCUCAAAGUCUGCAGGGAAUCACUCAUAAUGUCAGAGAAAUCUUCAACAAAGGUUUCAACAUUGGCUGCAUUUUGUUAGUGGGGAAAUUUGCUGAGUGUGCAAUUUUAAGGAGACACAUUACUGAGGAGUUUAUGGAUGUUUGUAAAGUUCUGUGUCCAUUUAGGCCUCAACAUUCAGUACUGGAGGGAGCUGCAGCACUAGGAAAACAAGAUAGAGGGUUACAGUUUCAAAAAAGUGCCUUCACUUAUGGAAUUGGUGUCUCUGACAGGUUUAAUGAAUUAAAACACAUCAAAGAAAGGAAAUUCACCAACAAAGAUGGUGAUUGGUGUGGAGGCCUUUUCAUGAAACUAGUUGAAGUUGGUGAACAUGUUGGUCUGAAUAAAACCAUUGAGUUCACCUUUUAUCCAAUAGAAGCAGAUCAGACCAUGAUGAACUUUUAUUUUUAUCGCACACAAAAGAAAAUCCCAAAAUAUGUGACUGAGGAUGGAGUAGAGAAAAUAGGUUGUUUAUUUCUAAAUUCACCAAACUCUGAAUGUGGACGCAGUCGGGAGGUUAAGCUAACGAUCACGUUUGACCGCACGGAUAUAAAAAUAAAAGCUAAAGACUUAACUUCAGAGUCUAAGUCAUCUACCAAGUUUGGCUUCAUGUUGAAAUGAAAAGUUUUAAAUCACAAAACCUGAAUUCAGUAGAAAAUUUGGAGAAAUUUAUCAACUUUAACUAUAAUGAGACUUCCUGUGUUUUCUAUAACUAAUGUGAGAGUUGAAAAGAAAAUAAAUAUAAUAAUAAUGAACGGUUAGCUGUAUCACAUUUAAACUAAUGUAUGAAGCUGUGUGUUUAUGAUUUGAACGUAUUACAUAUGUUAAUGUAUUUUGAAACACUGAGCUAAGAGCUACUGGUAAAUAUCUACUGGAGAAAUGACAGUGUAACUGAUGGUAUUUGGCUUUAAUUGUCACCAACCGCUGCAAUCUUUGUCAAGAGAAAGGAAGUUUUCAUAUAAAUGCCUUUUGUUGUUGUUGUUCUUUUCAAUUAGUCAGGUGUUCAGGUUGUCAUGGUGAUUUUUCUAGUUGCAGCAUUGUAUCAAACUCAGUGAGAAUAUUUACAAUAAAAUUACCCAAAAAUAGUUUUUUUUUUUGUAGAUAUGUUAUAUUGCAAACACUUUGCAACUCUUUAUACCAAAGGGAAUAUUCACACAAUGAUAUUUGUAUUCUAGAUCUAAGAAUAUGCACAAAUUAAUUAAAAGUGAAGCUUUUGGUUUGUCUGA